AUGGCUCCAACUCCAUUCGAAGUGUCCGACGUGCUGGUUCCAGUGACCGAAACUGCGGCAGCCACUGCCCGUCGUCACGUCCUUGUGACGGGCGCUGCUGGCUUCAUUGGGUUCCACACUGCCAACGCCCUGCUCGCCCGCGGAGAUCACGUGGUCAUUCUCGACGAACUCAAUGAUUACUACGACGUCGAGCUGAAGCAGAGCAAUCUCGACUGGCUCACGACCACCUAUGGCAGUCGCGUGCGCGUCUACAUUGGUGACAUUUGCGACCAGCACCUCGUGCGGCGCGUGUUCAAGGAGACGACGGUCAAUGAGGUGGUCCACCUCGCAGCUCGAGCUGGAGUGCGUCCGAGUAUCGACAACCCCCUUCUCUAUAUCCACUCCAAUGUCGUAGCGACGACGGUGCUACUGGACGCGUGCCGGGAGUUCAACAUCAAGAAGUUUGUAUACGCAAGCAGCAGUUCCGUCUACGGGGGUAGCACGAAGGACCGCUUUAGUGAAACGGACAUUGUCGACUACCCUGUGAGUCCAUACGCUGCAACGAAGAAGAGUUGUGAGCUGCUGGCACAUACGUACCACCAUCUCCAUGGCCUCGACACGAUUGGCCUGCGGUUCUUUACAGUGUACGGCCCCCGGGGUCGUCCGGACAUGGCUCCAUUCAAGUUCAUGGACCGGAUUGCUCGGGAUGUAGCCAUUGACCAAUACGGCGAUGGCUCGUCAUCGCGCGACUAUACGUACAUUGACGACAUUGUACAGGGCGUUGUGCUGAGUCUCGACCGUGGUCACGGCUGCGAGGUGUUCAACCUCGGUCGAGGUACGCCCGUGCUCUUGACAGACUUCAUUUCGAUCAUUGAAGGGCUCGUGGGCAAGAAAGCCAAGAUCCAGAUCUUGCCCGACCAACCGGGGGACGUGCCACGCACGAGUGCCGACAUUUCGAAGGCGGAGCGACUGCUCGGGUACAAACCUACGACGUUGUUGAAGCAGGGACUGGCAAAGACGUGGGAGUGGUAUUCUGAUUUCUACAACGCAAAGCUGCUGGCAGAGGCUAUGUAG